UUUGAUUGUAUAACUCCAAGGAUAUCGGCAAUGGAGUUGAACGCGUCACCCAAAAUAAUAGAAAAGAUGGAAUAUCGAUAUUUGGGUAGCAGUGGACUCAAAGUAUCGGUCCUUUCUCUUGGUGGCUGGGUUACCUUUGGUGGACAAGUUUCACCUGAGGUGACUUUAAGAUGUAUGCAGAUAGCAUUCGACAACGGAAUCAAUUAUUUUGACACAGCGGAAGUCUACGCCGGCGGAAAGUCCGAGAUCGAUAUGGGAAAUGCUAUUAAAAAACUUGGAUGGAAACGUUCGGAUUAUGUGAUAUCUACGAAAAUAUUUUGGGGUGGUAAGGGACCAAAUGAUCGAGGUUUAUCGAGGAAGCACAUUGUAGAAGGGCUAAAUGCAUCUUUGAAAAGAUUGGGAUUGGAUUAUGUUGACAUAGUAUAUGCUCACAGGCCAGAUCCGGAUACGCCCAUGCAAGAAAUAGUUCGUGCUUUUGACUUUUUGAUCAAUCAAGGCAAAGCAUUUUACUGGGGUACUUCUGAAUGGUCGGCCCAACUAAUUACAGAAGCUAUUGGGACGGCCAAUCAACUAGGACUUAUUCCCCCAUUGGCUGAACAA